UGCUCUACCCAAUCGCAUCUACCUUCACAUCAUACCAAAGUGACAUUUCACAAAUCAAAAAAAAAUUUUUGAGGCGCCCAUUUAUUUUUAAUAUAUUCUUUUGCUGUGGCUGUCAACCUCAUCAAUUUCGGUCACCCCCCAAAAAUAGAUCUAUUAAAAUAACACAAAAUGGCAUCUGCACAAGUUGAUAAAAUUAAGAAUACAAUUGAGAAAAGCUUGAAGGACAACACAAAACCCUGGACACAAGCAUUUGGAUUUUUGGAAGAAAAAUCUAAUGUUCCCCGGCUGUAUAUAUUUUUCGGUGUUGCUGGACUUUGUGCUUUAUACUUGAUCUUUGGAUAUGGUGCACAACUUUUGUGCAAUAUCAUUGGAGUUGUUUACCCUGCAUACAUCUCAAUUCAUGCCAUUGAGUCGAGUACAAAAAUCGAUGAUACCAAAUGGCUAACGUAUUGGGUAACAUAUGGCAUUUUGUCAAUUAUUGAAUAUUUCUCCGUGAUUCUGACAUCAGUUAUUCCUCUAUAUUGGCUUUUGAAGUGCAUUUUCCUAGUCUGGUGUAUGUUGCCAAUCGAAAGUAAUGGCUCAAACAUCAUCUACCAUCGCGUGAUUCGUCCAUAUUUUCUCAAGCAUCAUCAAGCCGCUGACAAGUUAAUGGACGACAUGAUGGACAAAGCGAAGAAAUCCAUAGAAAGUGUCUACAAAAAUGAAUAAACAAAAAAUGUGUGCAUCAAAUUUUAUACAGAAAAAAACUAAAGAAAGAGAAUCUAUAUUUUAAUACAAAAUAUAGUAUUUUGGUAUAAUGCUUUUUUGUCUCGACGUUUUCAUCUCUUCACCGGUUUCUUGAUGCUUUUUAUCUUUAUGUCACAUCACACAUAGAUAUUGUUUUAAAUUUAUCUAAUAUUUAGCGGGUACCUAGUUUAUUUUUGAAUUUAUUUUUUUUGUAAAUUUAAGUCAGGCAUUUUCUUUAAACAUUUUCUUGUUUAUCCAUUAUUUGAUUUGAAAUCAAAUAACUUUAAUAACGAUUUUCUCUUAAAAUAACUUGCCUUUUAUUCAAAAUUGUAAUCAAAUGAAAAAAUAAAAUAAAUAUUUAAAAUAAAA